AUGGAGGUGGUCACCAACGGGCGCGUGCGCGCCGGCGAGCACCGCGCGGUGACCAACGCGCGCGCCCCGCGCACGUCGGUAGCCGCGUUCGUCAUGCCCGCGAUGGGCUGCGUCGUGUCGCCGGCGCCCGGGAUGGUGGCGGAGGGAGAGGCGCCCCUGUUGAGGCCCUACACGUACCAGGAGUUCGUCGGCGUGUACACCGCGGCCAACGGCGACAGAGACGCCGUCCUGGCGCGGUUACGGAACCACAAUGGCUGA